AUGACUUCUGCAGCAGGUCGCCUGGCCCAUCAGCAGGAGAGGAACCGCGGGAUUGGUACCAAGCAGCAUGCUGUGAAGUUCCAGCAACAAGACUACGACACUCUCCGCUGUCAGUGUGUGGAAAGGGGAUGCCUAUUUGAGGAUGACUGUUUUCCAGCUGGGUGCAAGUCACUGGGCUACAAUGAAUUGGGUCCAUACUCAACCAAGACUAGAGGAGUAGUUUGGAAAAGGCCAACGGAGUUAUGCUCCAACCCUAUGUUCAUCAAUGAUGGCACAACAAGGACAGACAUUUGCCAAGGAUCUUUAGGAGACUGUUGGCUUCUGGCUGCUAUUGCCUCGCUGACUUUAGAUCAGAGGAUUCUGGCACGUGUGGUUCCACCUGGACAGAGUUUCUCUGAGGGAUACGCAGGGAUAUUUCACUUCCAGUUCUGGCAAUUUGGCGAGUGGGUGGAUGUGGUGGUGGAUGACCGUUUGCCCACACGAGAUGGAAAUCUGCUCUUUGUUCACUCAGCUGAGGGUUCCGAGUUUUGGAGUGCACUGCUGGAAAAGGCCUACGCCAAGGUAUGUGGCUGUUACGAGUCCCUGUCAGGUGGAAACACAAUCGAGGGUUUUGAGGAUUUCACCGGGGGCAUUGCCGAAAUCUACACUUUGGAAAAGCCUCCAUCACAGCUCUUCCAAAUUAUACGACGGGCACUGAAAUUGGGCUCUCUGCUUGGCUGCUCUAUCGAUAUCACCAGUCCCUAUGAGACCGAGGCUGUUACGAAUCUCAAACUUGUUAAAGGACAUGCCUAUUCAGUGACUGGUGCAGAACAGGUGUACUUUCGAGGUACAUUGGUUUCGCUUGUCCGCCUCAGGAAUCCAUGGGGAAAGGUGGAGUGGACUGGGCCUUGGAGUGAUGGAUCCAUGGAAUGGAAAUACAUAAACGAAGAAGAUAAAUCCAAACUGAACCAUGUGGCUGAGGAUGGAGAAUUCUGGAUGUCCUACUUGGACUUUGUCAGAGAGUUCACAAAGUUGGAGAUAUGCAACUUGACUCCUGAUAUGCUGGAGAGUGAUGACAUAGGCCACUGGAACUACUACCAGUUUGAAGGCAUGUGGCGGGUCGGAUCAACUGCAGGCGGCUGCCGCAAUCACCCUGCUACAUUCUCAUCCAACCCUCAGUUUGUCGUGCGGCUAGACGAUGUGGAUGAUGAUCCUCUUGACGGAGAGGAUGGAUGCACCUUUCUAGUGGGACUCAUGCAAAAGGAUGGCCGCAGACAACGCCGUCUCGAUCGUGACCUUCAAACGAUUGGCUUUGCUAUCUAUGAAGUCCCAGAUGAGUACAAAGGUCGUCGCAAUGUUCACCUGGGCCCGGAUGUCCUGCUGCGUCAGAAAGCCGUAGCAAUGAGCAACACCUUCAUCAACACCCGAGAAGUUUGUAAUCGCUUUCGGCUUCCUCCUGGAGAAUAUGCCAUCAUUCCCUCAACCUUUUAUCCUCACAAGAAUGCUAGCUUUGUUCUCAGAGUCUUCUCAGAGAAACAAGCUUCAACCAGUCCACUGGAGGAGGACAUUGAUGCUGAAACAGAAGACGAGGAUUUACCAGAAAGUGAUGUGGAUCCACAUUUCAAAUAUCUCUUCAAGCAGAUUGCUGGCAGAGAUACAGAAGUGUCAGUCUUUGAAUUGGUUAAAAUUCUGAACAAUGUGGUUUCACGCAGGACUGACAUCAAGACAGAUGGUUUCAGCCUUGAGACAGGCCGUCUUAUAAUCAGUCUAAUGGACAGGGAUGAAAGCUCAAUGCUGGGACUCAUGGAAUUCCACAAACUUUGGACCAAAAUCCAGAAAUACUUGGAGAUUUUUAGAAAACAUGACCAAGACAACUCUGGCACCAUGAGCUCCCACGAGAUGAGAGGUGCUGCCACGGAAGCAGGUUUUCACAUCAACAGUACUGUGUUGCAAGCCAUUGUCGAUCGCUAUGCUGACGCUCACUAUGCAAUCGACUUUGACAGUUUUGUGGGCUGCCUAAUUAAAGUGGAAAUGCUCUUCAAAAUGUUUAAAGCUCUGGACAAAGCAAAAUCAGGGAAGAUUGAUUUGGAUCUGCAGCAGUGGCUGUGCCUGGCAAUCUAUUAA